UCUUCUGUUUUCCAGAUGAGGAGCCAGUCUCAGAGGGUGUCAGCCUAGUGAGGGAGCUUGGCUUGGACUCCUGGUCGCUGUGGAGCAGACUGUCAGGCCGAGAUUCCCCAACUGGAAGGAAACAGGACUGCCCAGUUCAGGCUGCUCUGCACUUCGCAGAGAAGCUGCUGGUGACCCAGCCUUGAAGUUCCUGGUGUUGGCACUUGAGCACCGACAGCAUUUUACCCAUGAAAGCUCAGAAGGCUGGACGACUCCAGUACCCGGUGUUGGUGGAAUGAGCGUUGCAUGUGUCUUGAAGAGAAAAGCAGUGCUUUGGCAGGACUCUUUCAGCCCCCACCUGAAACACCACCCUCAAGAACCAGCUAAUCCCAACAUGCCUGUUGUUUUGACAUCUGGAACAGGGUCGCAAGCGCAGCCGCAGCCAGCUGCAAAUCAGGCUCUCGCAGCUGGGACGCACUCCAGCCCUGUCCCAGGAUCCAUAGGAGUUGCAGGCCGCUCCCAAGACGACGCUAUGGUGGAUUACUUCUUUCAGAGGCAGCAUGGUGAGCAGCUUGGGGGAGGAGGAAGUGGUGGAGGCGGCUAUAACAAUAGCAAACACCGAUGGCCUACUGGGGAUAACAUUCAUGCAGAGCAUCAGGUGCGUUCUAUGGAUGAACUGAAUCAUGAUUUUCAAGCACUUGCUCUGGAGGGAAGAGCGAUGGGAGAGCAGCUCUUGCCAGGUAAAAAGUUUUGGGAAACAGAUGAAUCCAGCAAAGAUGGACCAAAAGGAAUAUUCCUGGGUGAUCAAUGGCGAGACAGUGCCUGGGGAGCAUCAGAUCAUUCAGUUUCCCAGCCAAUCAUGGUGCAGAGAAGACCUGGUCAGAGUUUCCAUGUGAACAGUGAGGUCAAUUCUGUACUGUCCCCACGGUCGGAGAGUGGGGGACUAGGCGUUAGCAUGGUGGAGUAUGUGUUGAGCUCAUCCCCGGGCGAUUCCUGUCUAAGAAAAGGAGGAUUUGGCCCGAGGGAUGCAGACAGUGAUGAAAACGACAAAGGUGAAAAGAAGAACAAGGGCACGUUUGAUGGAGAUAAGCUAGGAGAUUUGAAGGAGGAGGGUGAUGUGAUGGACAAGGCCAAUGGUUUACCAGUGCAGAAUGGGAUCGAUGCAGACGCCAAAGACUUUAGCCGUACCCCUGGUAAUUGCCAGAACUCUGCUAAUGAAGUGGAUCUUCUGGGUCCAAACCAGAAUGGUUCUGAGGGCUUAGCCCAGCUGACCAGCACCAGUGGUGCCAAGCCCGUGGAGGACUUCUCCAACAUGGAGUCCCAGAGUGUCCCUUUGGACCCCAUGGAGCAUGUGGGCAUGGAGCCUCUGCAGUUUGAUUACGCAGGCACGCAGGUACCCGUGGACUCAGCUGCAGCAACUGUGGGACUUUUUGACUACAAUUCUCAACAACAGCUCUUCCCGCGGCCCAGCGCGCUGGCCAUGCAGCAGCUCACCGCGGCGCAGCAGCAGCAGUACGCACUGGCCGCCGCGCACCAGCCGCACAUCGGUUUAGCUCCCGCUGCGUUUGUCCCCAACCCGUACAUCAUCAGCGCUGCCCCCCCAGGGACGGACCCCUACACAGCUGGACUGGCCGCAGCAGCGACACUAGGUCCGGCCGUGGUCCCUCACCAGUAUUACGGAGUCACCCCCUGGGGUGUGUACCCCGCCAGUCUUUUCCAGCAGCAAGCUGCUGCCGCUGCUGCAGCCACCAACUCUGCCAGCCAGCAGACCACCCCGCAGGCCCCGCAAGGACAGCAGCAGGUUCUCCGUGGAGGAGCCAGUCAGCGCCCUUUGACCCCAAAUCAGAACCAGCAGGGACAGCAAACAGAUCCACUAGUGGCAGCUGCAGCCGUGAAUUCUGCCCUUGCGUUUGGACAAGGUCUGGCUGCAGGCAUGCCAGGUUACCCGGUCCUGGCUCCUGCUGCGUACUAUGACCAAACCGGUGCCCUCGUGGUGAACGCAGGGGCAAGAAACGGUCUCGGGGCUCCGGUUCGGCUCGUGGCUCCUGCCCCCGUCAUCAUCAGCUCCUCGGCUGCACAAGCAGCUGUCGCAGCAGCCGCAGCUUCAGCAAACGGAGCAGCCGGUGGGCUUGCCGGGACGACAAACGGACCCUUCCGCCCACUAGGCACGCAGCAGCCCCAGCCCCAGCCCCAGCAGCAGCCCAGCAACAGCCUGGCUUCCGGCUCCUUCUACGGCAGCAGCUCUCUGAGCAGCAGCUCGCAGAGUAGCUCUCUCUUCUCCCAGGGCUCUGCCCAACCCGCCAGCACGUCCUUGGGGUUCGGAAGUAGCAGUUCUCUCGGAGCCACCCUAGGAUCAGCCCUUGGAGGGUUCGGAACCGCAGUUGCAAACUCAAACACUGGCAGCGGGGCCCCCCGCCGUGACUCCCUGACUGGCAGCAGUGACCUUUAUAAGAGGACGUCGAGCAGCCUGACCCCCAUUGGACACAGUUUUUAUAACGGCCUUAGCUUCUCCUCCUCUCCUGGACCCGUGGGCAUGCCUCUCCCUAGUCAGGGACCGGGACAUUCACAGACACCACCUCCUUCCCUCUCUUCACAUGGAUCCUCCUCAAGCUUAAAUCUGGGAGGACUCACCAACGGCAGUGGGCGGUACAUCUCUGCCGCUCCGGGCGCCGAGGCCAAGUUCCGCAGUGCGAGCAGCGCCUCCAGCCUCUUCAGCCCCAGCAGCACCCUGUUCUCCUCCUCGCGGCUGCGGUAUGGGAUGUCCGAUGUCAUGCCCUCUGGCAGGAGCAGACUUUUGGAAGAUUUUCGAAAUAACCGGUACCCCAAUUUACAGCUACGUGAGAUCGCUGGACAUAUCAUGGAGUUUUCCCAAGACCAGCAUGGUUCCAGAUUCAUUCAGCUGAAACUGGAGCGAGCCACGGCCGCUGAGCGCCAGCUCGUCUUCAGUGAGAUCCUGCAGGCUGCUUACCAGCUCAUGGUGGAUGUGUUUGGGAACUACGUCAUCCAGAAGUUCUUUGAGUUUGGCAGCCUCGAGCAGCAGCUGGCCCUGGCAGAACGGAUUCGAGGCCACGUCCUCUCCUUGGCUCUACAGAUGUACGGCUGCCGUGUUAUCCAGAAAGCACUUGAAUUUAUUCCCUCAGACCAGCAGAGUGAGAUGGUCCGGGAACUGGACGGCCACGUUCUGAAGUGUGUGAAGGACCAGAACGGCAAUCACGUGGUCCAGAAGUGCAUCGAGUGCGUGCAGCCACAGUCUCUGCAGUUCAUCAUCGAUGCGUUUAAAGGGCAGGUGUUUGCCUUGUCCACACACCCCUACGGCUGCAGAGUGAUUCAGAGGAUCCUGGAGCAUUGUCUUCCUGACCAGACACUCCCGAUUCUGGAGGAGCUCCACCAGCACACGGAGCAGCUCGUGCAGGAUCAGUACGGAAAUUACGUAAUCCAGCACGUAUUGGAGCAUGGUCGUCCUGAGGAUAAAAGCAAAAUUGUAGCAGAAAUCCGAGGCAAUGUACUUGUAUUGAGUCAGCACAAAUUUGCAAGCAACGUCGUGGAGAAGUGUGUCACUCACGCCUCACGUACCGAGCGUGCCGUGCUCAUCGACGAGGUGUGCACCAUGAGCGACGGUCCACACAGUGCCUUAUACACCAUGAUGAAGGACCAGUAUGCCAACUACGUGGUCCAGAAGAUGAUUGAUGUGGCGGAGCCGGGCCAGCGCAAGGUCGUCAUGCACAAGAUCCGGCCCCACAUCGCGACGCUGCGCAAGUACACUUACGGCAAGCACAUCCUGGCCAAGCUGGAGAAGUACUACAUGAAGCACGGCGUGGACCUGGGGCCCCUGUGCGGGCCCCCCAAUGGCAUCAUCUGAGGUGGCCCCGCCCCACGCCGCCCCGCUAACCUCACCGGCCCACUGGUGAAUCCGACCAGCACCCAGGAUGCUCUGGUGCUGUCUGUGAUGCCCACGGCUGCCCCAGGACUCCUCCCUCCCCGGAACAGAAUCAGAUCCUACGAGGAAAUGCCUUUGUAAAUUUAAUUUUAUUACACAUGACAUGUACUAAUUAUUUUUUUUAAUUGACUGAUUGCCCUGCUGUUUUAUGGUGUACAGGACACUUGUACAUAGGUGACCGACGUACAUAGGAGGCCACAUAUUUUGCUCAAUGUUGUAUCUAUAUUCCACAUGCAGAAACUUCAGGGUGGUUGGUUUAACAAAAAAAGUAAAAAAAGAAAAAAAAGAAAAGUUUUUAACUCAUUUGCCUUACCGGCAAGUUUUGCAAAUAACCCCUCCCCACCUCCUCAUUUUAGUAAAAAAUGAAAACAAACAAAAAAACCUGAAAAGUUUGAAUUUUAGUUAAAUGACCCCAGACUGGCAUUUAACGUUGUUUGGAAGUGGCUUGGUUGGAGACCGGAUUAUGCUGGGAACAUGGUCCAGCCGCGUCGUGAGAGGUGGACAGCGGACAUCUUUCCCUGCCGGCCGUGACGGUGGCCGCGACCGGAUUGUUUCCUGCUAACGGGGAAGGCAGGGUCUGAUGACUUCGCAUGAGAAAAGCAUCCAGCUCUGCCUUUGGUCUUGCUUCUAUAAAUACAUAGUGUAUACUCGGUGUAGACUUUGCAUAUAUUCACAUUUGUAGGGCUCUUGUUUUGGUGUCUCUGUAUCUAUAGCGUCCCCGAGUAGUCCGACAUGCUUUUGCUGUACAGUUGUACAUUUGUAUACCUGUAAUGUAAAUGUGGAGAAGUCCCGAUCAACAGACACACGUUUUUGGUAAGAGGAGAAUUAGCCAGCCCUGUGCACUCAGUGUAUAUUCUCACCUUUAUGGUCGUAGCAUAUGGUGUUGUAUAUUGUAAAUUGUAAUUUCAGCCAGAAGUAAAUUUCUUUUCUUUUGAAGGGAUAAAUGUUCUUUAUACAGCCUAGGAAAUGUUUAAAGAGAAAAGUACAGCCUGGUUUUAUUUGUCGCCUAGUCAGACAGUAGCGAGAUCCUUUCUAAAUGUUAUUCAGAUGAUUCAGUUCACACACUAGUGUUUUUUUAAAUCCUAAAAAAAGGUAAUGUUUUGCUUAUUUUGUGACAGUCAAAAGGACGUGCAAAAAUUCCGCCCUGCCCUAGUUCUCCUUACAAUCAGAGCCCCUCACCCUGUAAAGUGUGAAUUGCCCCCCUUUUUGUACAGAAGAUGAACUGUAUUUUGCAUUUUGUCUACUUGUAAGUGAAUGUAACAUACUGUCAAUUUUCCUCGUUUGAAUAUAGAAUUGUAACACUACACGGUGUACAUUUCCAGAGCCUCGUGUAUAUUUCCAAUGAACUUUUUUGCAAGCACACUUGUAACCAUAUGUGUAUAAUUAACAAACCUGUGUAUGCUUAUGCCUGGGCAACUAUUUUUUGUAACUCUUGUGUAGAUUGUCUCUAAACAAUGUGUGAUCUUUAUUUUGAAAAAUACAGAACUUUGGAAUCUG